AUGAGUGAAAUCGACAAGCUUCCUCCGACGCCCCCUGAUGAGGAAGUCGGCAAAUUAAUGAGGAUCUUCGUGAAGACUACGGAGGGGCUACGGAGGUGUCGAAGUGAAAUAGAAAUCGAUAGGGGGACGAAACGGAGCAAGGGGGCCGAUAACGCGUUGGCAUACGCCCAACAAGUGACGUUAAAAGCGCUCGCCCGAGAUGGAGUAUCGUGUUGCUUGCGGAAGGGGAAUGUGAGGAUGAUUGAUGAUGGGUAUUCCACAUGGGCGACUGAAAGCCCCUCAGAUGAUGUGAACCUCGACACUCAGGCGUAUUGGGAAUCGAUGAGGACCACUGGAACCUCCUCCUCUUCCUUAUCGCAAGAAACUCCCGGAGAGAUCUCAUGGGAGGAUGUUGAUGCGAGUCUACGAUCGACCUUUCGAGGGGUUGACUUGGCUGAGCUGCAUCGAGGAGAGCCCGCUGGAGAAGACGAUAUUCAUACCAAUAAUGUGCUUUGGCACAGCACAGACGAUACGCCCGACGACGGAGUUGGACAUAGAAUCGACGAAUUCAUCGCUGAUGGGGAAGACCUGGAGAGUCUGAGCAAUCGGUUCACUGACACGACGGCUAAAUAUGGUCUGUGGAAGGAUGCUGAAGUUGAACAGUGUCCGUUGGAAAUGAGGAAUCAGCAGAGCCCCGAGGGGAGUUCUAAUGAGUCGGAAAAUCGAGGAACAAAAGUAUUUUUCCAAUGGUGUAGUCGUGAAAGGUGUGCGCCACCGCGAGUGAGGUGCCUCCGAGGAGGAGUUAAACCAUAUUGUUACGUCGAGGUCUGGGGAAUCAGUCGAGAAUUUCGGGGAGAUAAGCAGCUGCCGGCGGAGAACUUCAUCGAUCCGCCGAAGACUGAAAUCGGCACUUUGGAAGGAGUGCGAGAAAAAGUUCUGAGCGUCCUUGUUGGCAAUCCACCGCAGAAGUUUGUACUCGAACAUGUGCCCAUGACGUGGGGUUCGUGGAAAGAGAGUAUCAUAUUUGCACUACCAACAGAGGAAUCAUAUGAGAUGCUGUUGAAAGCACUCGCGAGGUUGGGAUAUAACGAGGAACGAGUGGUCCGUGUGGAGCCCACCAGGGAGCUUCCGCCGGAGAGUGAAGAGAAAACGUCAUUUGCAUGGUCUCAGUCGACGUGGAAUGGACAGCAUGGGAAGAAGCAUUGGAAUCGACAAGAUCCUCGAGAAAAACAGCAGAAUAGACGGCCGCGGGAGUUGAACCCGGGUCGCGGGAAGCGGAGGGAACGGUCGAGAGAGCCGACUACUCUGCCAUGUCUCCUGUGCAAAGAACGACAUGAUAAUGAGAAUUGCCCUUACUUCCGACAAUCUGUAAUUGUUCGUUCUUCUUCUGAGGUCUUCAACGACACUAAAUGGGGCAACCAACGUUGGCUCGAUUCGAUCUUGUCGAAGGCUGGUUAUGGUGCCACUUUCAGAGUUGUUUGGUGGGAUGACUAUGGAGGAUCGUCGAAGGUCGCCGCUGUGGCUUGUCUGAAUCAUGCAAAUGCGGAGAGAAUGCGGCAACAGAAAAAGUUGGAGUUGCCCGGUGAUGUAUUGGUGGAAGUGGAGGCGGUUCCACUUGGGAAGGACGACCCACGAAGAGAGGCGAUGAAGAAAGUGAAAUUGGAUGAUGAGACUCCAUCGCAACCUGGAUGA